GUAUAUAUUAGAUUUUUCGUGUGUACCAUGUUGAUUCUAUUUUAAAACAUUUAGCAGAUUUAUUUUCACGCAUGCGUUCUAGUGAAACUUUAAAAUAGUUAUUUGCAAUUGGUUUAAUUAUUAGCCAGUAGUAAAGCUCAAAAAAAAAACAUGCACACAUACAUACCGGCUGUACCUAACUACCCUAACCUUACAACAUCAAAUGUCAACAACACCAUCAUAUAAACAUGUUAUUUUAUGUAGAUUGUAGACACUUUUUUAAGAAUUGUUGUUGACAUUAUCGAUAUUAUUUAAAGUUAUAUUUUAAUAAAUAAAAAUGUCUGGGACUAUUAAAAAACUGGAGGAACGUUCUUUAACUACAGAAUUGACGUUAAUGAAAUGGUCACCAAAGAUGGAUCUUCUGGCAGUUGCCAACAAAAAAGGUGAAGUUGGUCUUCACCGGAUAACCUGGCAGCGUGUCUGGCUUUUAUCACCUCAGGAUGAGGCUGGUGAAGUGUCUAGUAUGGCUUGGAGACCAGAUGGUAAAUUAUUAGCUGUUACCUAUGAAAAUUCACGUCAAUUGCAUCUUAUUGAUAUUGAAAAUAAAAGUAUUCUUCACAAAAAAGAUCUUAAUUUGGAUAAUAAAGUUACUUGUAUGUCUUGGCUUCCUCUGGAUACACGUCAAUCAUCUGAUCCUGAUAGUACGAAUUUAAGUACAAAAUUCAUGACAUCACCAACUGGUAAAUAUCUGCCACCUUUACCAAGUUUGAAUAGAGGAUUCAGUCAAGAACCUGAAAGAAAAGACUUUCUUUUUCAAAAUCUUGACAUGUUGCUACUUGGCUAUGAUAAUGGACAAGUUUCAAUAUUUGUAUUUGGAAUGUUUUACUGCGGAACAACAAAAAUUGGACAAGGUUCAAUAACUGAAAUAUCUGGUGGUUCUGGUAAACCAAUAUGGGUCAAUUGUCGUGAUCCAGAUGGUAUCAAAAUAAAUCGUAUGUCUUGUUCACUAUUAGAAACAAGUGGUGCAUUUUUAAAAGUUGCCCAAGUACAAGCAAAUAUUGAGUGUCUUAUGGAUUAUCUUUCUCAUACAUUAAUGGCAAUAUCUGAAGCAUGGGAAACAAUUCUUCUUGAAAUGGAUGAAAAACUUGCACGCUAUGAAGAACUUGAUUUUCCUGGUGCUCUUGCUGCUGAUUUUCUUGAUCUUUUAAUGAUUGGUAUUCCAACACCAAAACUCAAAAAUUUUUUACUCAGAGAUUUAACAGAAAAAGGACUUAAAAAAUUAGGACAUAGUAUUGAAAUAUGUUAUAGUAAUAUUCAAAAAUUAGUAUUAAAACAUUUAAGCAGCGUUGGAAUGGCACUUGUUUAUCAACUUGCUGAAAUGAGAGGUAUGGCUAGACUGGGUGGUCCAUAUGAAUCUUUAGGUUUAAAAAAUGAAACAACAAUUACAAAUGCACUUGAAGCAUCUGAAGCAUUUUUAGCAAAAUCAUCAGAAAUUCAACAAGUUAUCGAUCACAGUAUGAGAGACUACAAAGCAUUUUUUCGAUGGUUGUAUGUUGUAAUAGCAAAAUUGACAGACGAACGUGUUCCUUCAGAAGCAAGUCGAGUUAGUCAACAAGAGCUUACAUUUAUCGCUGAAUUUCUACGUGGUUUUGAUAAAUCAGAUUCAACUGGUACUCAUCGAAAAGGUGUAAAUCUAGAAAAACUUGGACAAUAUUUGCGUCGUGAGCCACUUCAAAUAGUUCUAACUGCUGAAGGUAGUGAGUGGGCAUCAUUGGUAGACGAAAACAAAUGUCUUCGUGAUCAUCCCUUAAUUGUCAAGCAAGAUUUAAACUCAUCAUUGCUCCAAUCUCACUCAAAACUUGUCGAUGCAAUUACAAGUAUUUUUUCAGAAGCUUAUAAAGGCCUUUUAAGUAAUUUUGAUGUUAAUUCAAGGUAUCUUACUUCGUUUAAAGCUUCGGUGUCUACUCAAGUUGUCAACAGUGCUGGUUCUUUACUUCUAGCUGCAACUGAUGAUGAGAGACGAGUACUAAAACUAUUCAGAAUUGAUGCUGAACAGUAUGAUGAUGACUGUAUGACCUUUAAAUCUGCUUCCAUUGCUAUGAAUAAUCGACAAAAUUCUUUUUCGAAAACAAUCAACGAUUAUAUUAUCAGCGACAUGCAGUUUUAUUCAUCAGAAUAUUUAAGUAUUCUAUUAUUGAAUGAAAAUAAUUCUACUUCAUCUAUAAUACAACUACCAAUUAAUGAAACUGAAAUGUUUGAAAAUGAAAAUGAUGAUUUGUUAAUUCUUGGUGAACUUCUUGAUGCAAGUUGGCCAAAACCAUUUGAAGGUAUUGUAGCAAAACGUCUUGCUGUUUCUGGACCAAGAAAAGUUGCUGCUGUAUUAAAUGAAAAUGGACGUACAAUACGUUUAUUGGAAACUGAAGUUGGACCUGAUGAUGAAGAAGAUGACGAUGAUAAUAAUGAAACCUGUGAUGACAGUCGUAUGGAUACUUCAAUGAACUCAACUAACGUAUCAAUAUAAUUAAAUAAAUUACAGAUAAAAAUAUAAUUAAUA